UAAAACCCCGUAUUCUCUCUUUCAAACUAUUUCCCAAAAAUCACAUUAUCAAGAAAACUAUGGACGGCUUUGAUCGGCUGCCGGAUUGUCUGAUCCUUCUGAUCUUCAACUCCGUUUCCGACAUCAAAACCUUAAUACGCUGCCGUUCUGUCUCGAAACGUUUCAACUAUCUCGUUCCUCAAACCGAAACUCUCCUUCUUACCGUCGACCGCGUCAUCUCUCCUGAAUCAGACACCGAACCAGUCCUCUUUACGCUACUCAAAUCUCUUUUCAAAUCAAUCCACGAGCUCUUCAAGCCUGAUGAAGAGGGGGAGAAACUGAAACUGACCGUAACGCAAAACUCUCCGGCUCAAAUUCUCUCCCGGUUCGACCGGAUCCUCGAGCUUCAAAUCGAGUUACCAGCAGGUGAUUUGAGAUUAGAGAAAGGAGUGGUGAUCAAAUGGAGAGCAGAAUUCGGCAGAAGUUUAAAAAGUUGCGUUAUUCUUGGAUAUCGCCUGGCUUCGGACUCUGAUGAUGUUAAUGUAGGCACUGAUCUCGCUGGAGGUCUGAAAUCGCGAGUUGUGUGGACGAUAAGCGCGUUGAUCGCGGCAUCAGCCAGGCAUUAUUUAUUAAGAGAUGUAGUGAGACAACACACGGAGAUGCAGAGGCUGGUAUUGAAAGAUAAAGAAGAAGAAGGGAGGGUCGUGAUGGAGAGAGAUGAGUUGAGGGAGUGUAGGGAUGAUAUGGCGGCGCGUGGGAGGGAUGAGUGGGAGUGGGAGGCGACUAGGACGGUGGUUCCAAGCGUGAGAAUGAGGAUGAGGCAUGAACCUAGAAUGAGGUUGAGCGAUGGCAGUUGGAUAGAAGGCGCGACUCUUGUGGUGGUUAGACCUUGCGGUGGUGGUGCUGACGUGGAGGACGCUGAGUUGGCAUUGGGCGCAUUUGGUGGUGGGGUUUAUGAAGAGGCUGUGCAGUUACUUCUUCAGAGCAAGAGUUAUAUGCUGGAAAUGAAUUCGUUUUAAGUUAUUGUGAAUAUGUUUUCCUCAAUUAAAUUACUAAUGAGGGAAAUUAAAUUACCACUAGUUUGAUGUGUUAAUCUUUGUGUAUAAUGCAUUUUUUCCCUUUGUUUUUGUGUGUAAUACUAAUUACUUUACUGCGAAAUUGCAAAAUCAGUGCCAUGAAACUGCAGAAUCUGUACAUUCUUGCAUGGGCAUUCUACAA